CCCUAUUCCAUUCUUCGUCGCGUUUGCGGUUCCGCUUAAUCGUGACGCGGAUGAACACCAGCCAGCAAAUCCUACCGUCCCCAUCCCUGUUUGAUGAAUCCCGCUGCAACACCGCUUGGCUCCUUUUGCUGGUCAUAUAUUUGUUUCUUUGCCAUCAUCAGCCUCUUCUCUUCCUCGUUCUUCCAGCGGUCGCCGCUCGUCGAAUUCCCACUUCGAUCCCAAGAACCCUAAUUAUAACCCUGGGAGAAGCAUCGAGUCGAUCGAUGGAGCUGGAACCCUCUGCCGAUCACUGAUUUGGGGACCUCGAUUUGGCGAUGAUGGUGGAUCCACCGCCCCCGGCGGAUGAGCGGAGCGGGACGCCGCCCGUCGCUCCUGCCCUCUCCAUCCCCCGCCGUAUCCGCGCCCCUCCCUUCCGCCUUCUCCCCAGUGGCCCCGCCACCACUCCGCCGCCGCCCUCCUCGUGGCUCGAGAUACGCCUCUUUUACGUCCGCAUUUCCCCCUGCGCUGUCGACGCCGUCCCGCCCCACCUUACCCUCUCCCACCUCCGCCGCGAGAUGGGAGACGCUCUCGAGAUCAACGGCGCACGCGUCCCCGCCUCUGACACCACCGCCAUUCCGCUCCGUCGCGACCGCCUCGACCGGGGUGCUGCUGAGGUCACCUAUGUGAGCACCGACAGCGUUCGGAUCGCGGGAGCGGUUGACUUUGAGGUCUGUGAUGAUAGGGGCAACCUGAUCCUCUGUGGCUCGCUUCAGAGAUUGGAGGUCCCGUGGAGCAAUGGGGUGAUCACGGUUGAUAACCAUCAUGGAUCAUCCGAUAAGGAUCGGAAGACUGGAUGGGGCAUGGACUGUUACCCAGCAGCUUCGGCUGGAGCCUCCUCUUUUGUGCAGCCCAAGCUUGGGAUUGUGUUCCCCUCCAUCGAGGUGUAUGUGGCUGGAUGCUCUGCAGCAGCACCAUUGAUCCUCACGCAGACCUUGCAGGUUAGUCCUAGGCGGAAGGCUGUCAAACCAGGAACACUGGGUUCAAUCCCAGAGGAUGAAGAGACCACAGAGCAUGAGAAGAAGGUAAACAAUGACACUUUGGUUCAGCAAAGGGCAUCAUCAUCACUGGCUGCUGAGGAGGAAGCUGGUGGAUAUGAUUCAGAUUUUGGUGUUGCACAUAGCUACCAUCCUGAAGGUUGGUCCUCGGAGGAGGAUGGGCAGCUGUCAUGGUUCAACUCUGGCGUCAGAGUUGGUGUUGGAAUUGGCUUGGGAAUGUGCGUUGGAAUAGGAAUUGGCGUCGGGCUCCUCAUGAGUUCGUACCAGGCAACCACCAGAAGCUUCAAGAGACGAUUCUUCUGAUCUCUUUCUAGACUGGUAUGAUUGCUUUGCUCCGAGUGAUCAUCCCAGAAAGCAAGCUCGUUUGCUGCCUUAUGCUCGCACCUUGUACCAUGUCUACGGUAUGUUUCUAACAUAUAGGUCACAGUAACUUUAUGAUGUGUUUUUCCCAUAAAUUCCCCUUCAUGGAGUCGUACUGUCUCAUUUGUGUAUAUCAGCAUGAUCAUAAUGUGAAUGAGUUAACAAUCCCACGAGGCUUGUUUGAUUAGACCA